AUGGGCAACAAAAGCAGCCGCGUGAACUCUCCACCUUAUGCUUAUCCGUCUCCAAAGUACGCAAGACCGUCGCCUUACGGCCGACCAUCAGGGUCACUUUGCUCAGCUUCAGCCAUCUCACAGACUGGAAAUCCCAAUUAUGGAGCCCCAAGUCCUGCCGAACGGGGAAUGAUGUACUGCAAGACCAAAAACGCGACCGUAGGUCCAACGCCGUCUGUUCUCUACGGCAAAAAGUCUAGACGCAAUUCACCAGCACCGACACCAACUAACCUAUACUCGAAGCCUUCGGUUGCUUCAACACCAACACCGACACCGUUGUACACAAAACAAUCAAAGGGUUUGAUACACCAGGGCUUUUCCCGUUCGUCCAUUGUGCGAUCUGGAGUUUCGUCAUCUGGUGCGUCCAUCGGACAUUUGUCACCUUACGCCAUGUCAGGUACAUUGGCAGAAUCAUACUCAAGAUCGUCGGUAGUAGACUUCGAUGGCACAUCAGGUCAGAUGCCUAUGACAUUAUGUGUCAAGUGUCGGAUACCGUUUAAAGACACUACGACAGCUUUUUGCCGUGAUUGUGGAAGUGCUCGACCGGUAGGGACAACUAUACCUAUAGCAAUGGCAGCACAAUGCACCGUCAAUUUUGGGUCUAUUUUAUCUAUGAUAAAAGCUUUUUUUGUGUGUCUUGUCUUGAAAGACCCAAAUCAUUUUGGUAAUACUCGACUCAUUAUGGACGAAUUUCUUGCCGAUUUACGCGAAUUGGAUGAGACACAGGAACGUGUUGAAGCUGUGAGCGAUGGAAUGUUGCAUGUGCAGCGAUUAAAUGAUACUUGUCAGGCUCAAGAAAUGGUAGAAAGCUGGAUUCAGGCACUACGAGCUAGUGGCUUUCAGUCGGAACGCAUUGCAUUCUUAUAUGUGGCCAAUCACGUGCUACAGAAGACGCUAUUUGGCGAAGUAGAGACACAACAAACGCCAUUGUUUGUUGAUCUAUUUAGUAAGCAUUUGGAGGAAGCAGUAGCACUCGUGUGCAAUUCUCCCAUGGAUCGACAGAAUGUCACGAGGCUAUUGGAGUUGUGGCAUGAAAAGAAAAUAUUUACGGACAUUGAAGUGCUUAAAAUGUGGCGCUGUACUGGUGAAGAACUUCCUGAUUUUCUUUCUGCUGUAGACAACAAUACAAAUCGUAAACAAGAACACAAGACGGGCAAGGAUAUAGACAUGGAAGAGGUACUGGACAAUGAGGAAGCAGGAACGGAACUUCACCACGUGCUGCCAAUGAAACUGAACUCCCACUCUGCCAACCCGGUGCUAAAUGUGCUGAAGAAAAUCGACCAUCACAAAACGGCGGUGAGAUUCUUAGACCAACAGAUCCGAGAGAGACACCAGUUCUUGUUGCAAGACAGUCUUAUGAGGUACCAGACUGCAGCGGAUCUUGUAGCAGAUAAAGGAACUGCAUCGUCGCAGAUCAAGAAGAGAGCAGAAGAUUGUUUGAGACUCGUGAAAGUGCGCAAUAAAUUUAUCCGCAAAGUAGCAGAUUUGAAAGCGCAGCUGUCGGACGCUAUUGCCAACAUGAUUGACUACGAGGAAGAGGCCGCGACUAAGAUUGAGCAGAAACUUGAGCAAUGUGAUGAGAUUGACUUGGGGCUCAUGGAUUUGACAGAUCACCAGAAGAAGUUUCCUGAAGAGUGGUCGCACGCACGGUUCGUAAGUCUGGAGCGCCGAAAGCAGCGCGAGAAAGCUCAGCGUCAGAAGGACGAGGAAAUUGCUCGCUUGCAUCACGAGGCUAUUGCCGAAAGUGCGAUGCAUGCAAUGAAUCUAGAGGCUGGUAUCAACUCUAACUCGACGUCAGAGCUGCAGUCGCUGUCAAAGGAGUUUAACGAUCGGCCACAGGAAAAGGAUGUCAAGAUUGACAAUGAGAAUGAACUCGUCUGGAACCCAAUUCGCAAGGAAUUGGUGCCGUUACGGAGCUUAAACGUGGAUUGGGAAGAUUGGCGUGACCAUUAA